UAACAUAGAAAUACACUUGGUGUAAGGUAGGUACAUACGUUUCGUUCCCAUGGUGUUACGAAAUUUCCUAACAAACAGACUGCAUAAAACGGCUCGUUACGGGAAGAUUUUUCUCAGUAGAAGAAAGAUAUUCGCAAAGUUAUCAUCGCGGGGUAAAAUUACUGCAGCUGCAUCGUUAUGAAAUUAUUAUUGUGCACGAUGAUGAUGAUGAUGAUCGCUGCUUCGAGGGCCGGAAGAAUUAUCCGAAGUAUCGAUGAUCACACCUUGCAGGAGAAUAACUUUCCGAACUUGCACACGGUUAAUCACGGCCACGGUGCGACUAGCUACCAAAAUGUAAACAUAGAAAAUCAGCACAAGCCUCACACUGCGACACACCAUAUUCACGAAUUCCAGUAUCAAGUUUCGCCUACAAAACCAGCGCCGUUUGUGAUCGUUGACGGUACUAACGAUCUUCUAUUCGCUUCUGACAAUGAUCCGUACACGUCAAAUAAUAUUGAGCACGUUGAAAUCAACAGUAUCGCAGAACCGUUCGCAUACUACGAUCACUACGAUUUCGACUACGAUUACGGACUUCAUUGAAUCGUAAUAGUAAGAAUAAUCGAAAAUUCCCAAUAUUCGAAUACGCACAAUACGACGUAAAUUUUAUUAUUAUAUCUUCUUUUGUAACAUUAUAUAAAACUGUUUUGAUGACAUACAAAUUCAGAUAACGCAGUUAUCCCCGUGACUUUCUAUACAAAUAGAAACGUUCAUUAUCUACGUCUAAGAUACAAUUAUUGCAUAUAAAAAGUUUUUCUUAUUCAUUUUUUUCUGUCUGUAUUUUUAUUGAAAAAUGUUCUUUCACGUUACAAUUUCAGUGUACCCUUCGACUAUUUGAAUAAUGUUCGUCCCUUUAUUUUUUUUUUUUUUUUGCAUGUUUUCCAAUAUUUUCUUUUUUCGUGUUUUCAACAGUACAAAAAUUGCAUUUUUACAAGUUGUCCAGCUUAUUUGACUAAUUUUGCAGAAGUGCGUUUGCGACUGUUCACUUGUUGCACAUCAUUAUAUCCAUGUGUACUUAAAUAAGUGAUAGAUACAGAUAGUUAUUUAUUCAUUUAUAUUCAAUAAAAAUUUAGAUGUUCGCACAAAAAUUCGAUCAAUUAACUGAAGCUGCUCUGUUUCAAAAUAAAAUCUGUAGAUGUAUAGGUAUGUAUUAUUGUAAGGUAUAGAAUUACAAAUGUCCGGUCGAAAACGCCACAUUCUAAAGUACGACUUAUCUUUGGGGCAUUCCAUGCCAACUCAACAUACCAUCGAAAUUGCCAUUUUUAAUUUGGUUCUAAUUUUUUCAUCUCCGUGAAAAAGAGGUACAUGAUUUCUUUCCAAUUUUUUUAUCCAGCUGUUCACGGGAUGUGAAUUUUUCAAAAUUUAAAAUUCUUCUGAACUGCAUAUAACUUUUUCAAAAAUGCAUCAAUUUCAAUAUUAUUUUCUCAAAUUGUGUGUUUUUCAAUGAAGUUGUCAAUAAUUUGAUGCAAAAUAUAUCAAAAAAUUAUUCACCACAUUUUUUCCACUCAUAUAUUAAAAUCUGAUUUUGAACAUUGUUUGUACCCUUCACUGUUUUUUUUUAACUUCUCCAAAAAAAAAGACUUAUUUCGCAAAUGUUCGGCCUGAUCCCGUCGUGGGUAAACGAUUAUUUCUAUUUUUGAGAAUUUUUUAAAAUUAU